AUGUCCCACCGCAAAUUCGAGAGGCCGCGCAGCGGUUCCCUCGGGUUCUUUCCCAAAAAAAGAUGCAAAACGCAACGGGGCAAGAUAAGAUCCUUUCCUAAGGACGAUCCUUCAAAACCGCCACACUUCACCGCCUUCAUGGGCUACAAGGCCGGUAUGACACACGUAACCCACGAGCCCGACAAGCCAGGGUCAAAGCUUCACAAGAAGGACACGGUAGAGGCCGUAACUAUCGUUGAAACUCCUCCCAUGAUCGUAGUGGGACUAGUGGGCUAUAUUGAAACGCCGAGGGGUCUCCGUGUGCUUAGCACAGUCUGGGCUGGACAUUUGUCCGACGAGUGUAGACGCAGAUUCUACAAGAAUUGGUACAAGUCGAAGAAGAAGGCAUUCACCAAGUAUGCCAAGAAGUUCGCAGAGACUAAAAUGAGCAAAAACAUCAGUCGCAUUGCGAACUACUGCACAGUGGUAAGGGCCAUCUGUCACACGCAACCGUCCAAGACACCGCUUUCUAUGAAGAAGGCUUACAUCAUAGAAAUACAAGUUAAUGGAGGCACCGUUCAAGAGAAGGUUGACUACAUAACGAAGAUGUUUGAGCAGCCGCUGCCUGUACAUGCCGUUUUUUCGGGAAAUGAAAUGAUCGAUGUCUUGGGAGUAACCAAAGGCCAUGGAAUGAAAGGUGUUAUAAGCCGUUUUGGUGUGACUCGACUGCCGCGUAAAACACACAGGGGUUUACGCAAGGUUGCGUGCAUCGGUUCGUGGCACCCUGCUAGGGUACAAUUCCAAGUUCCACGCAGUGGACAGAAGGGUUACUUCCACCGCACGGAGCGUAACAAAAAGAUUUAUAGAUUAGGUCUAGGUAGCAACCCCAGGAAUGCGUCGACUGAUGCAGACCUCACGGAAAAGCAAAUUACGCCGAUGGGUGGAUUUCCGCACUACGGGCCUGUGAGAGAAGACUUUUUGAUGCUUAAAGGGUGUAUAGUAGGUACUAAGAAGAGGCCGAUUGUACUGCGCAAGACUUUGGCACCUCAGGUAUCGCGCGAGGCCCUCGCAGAAAUCAAUUUGCGUUUUAUCGACACGUCAAGCAAAUGGGGUCAUGGUCGUUUCCAAACCUCUGCCGAGAAACAGAAAUAUUACGGUCCGCUCAAGAGGACGGUCGCAAGCGCCGUCGCUACUGCUGUCUCUUCCUAA